UUUAUCUAAAUAUCCUUCAGUGUGUUUUUGCAAAGAGCUUUCUGAAGAAAUAUAUUGUCUAUCCUAUAUCCUUCAGUGUGUGUUUGCUAAAGGCCCCAAACCUUUCCCCAAGGUUGGCUUUCAGCUUCCAGCAUUGGAAAGAGGCUGCUAGGGUUGUUGGUAGGAAAGUCAGCUUUCUGAAGAUAUAUAUAUAUAUAUAUAUAUAUAUAUAUACACACACACACACACAUAUACAUACAUACACAUAUUUAUCCUUCAGUGUGUGUUUGCUAAAGGCCCCAAACCUUUCCCCAAGGUUGGCUUUCAACUUCCAGCAUUGUUUUGGAAAGAGAGGCUAGGAUAUUGUGGAUUGUUUUUAAUACAGUAUAUAUAUAUAGAGAGAGAGAGAGAUAAUCAUAUUGGGGUGUGUGAGAGAAGUAGAGAAAAAGGUGUAGCAGUAACUUAUCCUUUCUUGCACUUUUUUAUACAGAAAGAGCGGGAGAGAGAAAACGGGUGGAGACUUUGCUUUUUCCUCCCAUUUUUUAAGGCUGCUCCCCUUGAGAUCUAACUCACACACACACCCCUUUUUCUGCGUGUUUUAUUUGGGGAAAGGGGUGUUGCAAAUGUUUGAAUGGGUGGCAAAGGCCUAGUCGUGGGUGUGUUUGCAACUUUGCUAGGAAAGUGACUUGACUUCCAUGUGCAUUUUUUCUCUCUAGUUUGGGUGAGUCGCCCAGUAUUUUUUUUACUCCAUCCCUUUCUUCUUCUUCUUCUUUUUUUUUUGGUAGGGUUGGCUCGCUGUUUGAGUGAGAGAAACAGAGAAGUGUGUAUGUGACGAUUUAAUUACUAUUUUUGAAUGAAAAAACGAGACUUCUGGGCCUCACGUGAAAACAGAAGGAAACACCUCUCUUUUGUGUUGGUGUGAGAUUGUGUGUUGGGAAACUGAGGCUUUGGGAAGGAAAGCUGGGCAGGCCUUUAUUUUUAAAACACACACAGAGAGACACUCCUCGUGCUUUGCUGGGAUACCCACCUACCUACCCCUCUUUCUCUUUUGUUUUGUUUUUUUGUAUUGUGACUCCUCUGCUCCCUCUCUAGAAGAAGUAGCUGUGAUACUCAAUUAGGCUAAACAUCCCCAGCUCUUUAAGACGCUUCUCAUAGGGCAUAAUCUCCAGACCUUUGAACAUUUUAGUUGCCCUUCUCUGGACACCUUCCAGCUUGUCAAUAUCUCUUUCAAACUGUGGUGCCCAGAAUUGGACACAGUAUUCCAGUAAUCUAUGCCAGCAAUUAUGACAAUGUUAGCAGACCAUGCAGCACGGCAGCUGCUGGAUUUCAACCAGAAGUUGGAUAUAAAUCUGUUGGAUAAUGUGGUGAACUGCCUAUAUCAUGGAGAAGGAGCCCAGCAAAGGAUGGCACAGGAGGUUUUGACUCACUUAAAGGAACACCCUGAUGCAUGGACAAGAGUUGAUACUAUACUGGAGUUCUCACAGAACAUGAACACCAAAUAUUAUGGCCUGCAGAUCUUGGAAAAUGUGAUAAAAACAAGAUGGAAAAUUCUUCCAAGAAACCAGUGUGAAGGUAUCAAAAAAUAUGUUGUUGGCUUAAUUAUCAAGACUUCAUCUGAUCCAACAUGUGUUGAAAAAGAGAAGGUAUACAUUGGGAAGUUAAAUAUGAUUCUUGUCCAGAUACUAAAGCAAGAAUGGCCAAAACAUUGGCCAACAUUCAUCAGUGACAUAGUUGGGGCCAGCAGGACAAGUGAGAGCCUUUGCCAAAACAACAUGGUAAUUCUUAAGCUGCUAAGUGAAGAAGUUUUUGACUUUUCCAGUGGGCAGAUAACGCAAGUGAAAGCCAAACACUUGAAAGACAGCAUGUGCAAUGAGUUCUCACAGAUAUUUCAGUUGUGUCAAUUUGUGAUGGAAAACUCACAAAAUGCUCCACUGGUCCAUGCUACAUUGGAAACUUUGCUUCGAUUCCUCAACUGGAUUCCACUGGGCUAUAUUUUUGAGACCAAGCUAAUCAGCACACUAAUAUACAAAUUUUUAAAUGUCCCUAUGUUCCGAAACGUCUCCUUGAAGUGCCUCACAGAAAUUGCUGGUGUCAGUGUAAGUCAGUAUGAGGAACAAUUCGUCACACUCUUUACCUUGACCAUGAUGCAGCUGAAACAGAUGCUUCCUUUGAACACCAAUAUUCGACUUGCAUACUCCAAUGGAAAAGAUGAUGAGCAGAACUUUAUUCAGAACCUCAGCUUGUUUCUAUGUACCUUUCUAAAAGAGCAUGGCCAGCUUAUAGAGAAACGCUUAAAUCUCAGAGAGACAUUAAUGGAAGCUCUUCAUUACAUGCUGUUGGUGUCUGAAGUUGAAGAAACAGAAAUCUUUAAGAUUUGUCUGGAGUAUUGGAAUCAUCUUGCUGCUGAACUAUACAGAGAGAGUCCAUUUUCGACGUCUGCAUCUCCAUUACUUUCAGGAACUCAGCAUUUUGAUGUUCCACCCAGGAGACAACUAUAUCUGCCUGUACUAUCUAAGGUGCGCUUGUUGAUGGUGAGCCGCAUGGCAAAGCCAGAAGAAGUGCUUGUGGUGGAAAACGACCAGGGGGAAGUUGUCCGAGAAUUCAUGAAAGAUACAGAUUCUAUCAAUUUGUACAAGAACAUGAGGGAAACGCUAGUUUACCUUACCCAUCUGGAUUAUGCAGAUACAGAACGAAUCAUGACAGAAAAGCUUCACAAUCAAGUAAAUGGUACUGAAUGGUCCUGGAAAAACCUAAAUACUCUUUGUUGGGCUAUAGGCUCCAUCAGUGGAGCAAUGCACGAAGAAGACGAGAAGAGGUUUCUUGUUACAGUCAUAAAGGACCUCCUAGGACUCUGCGAACAAAAACGAGGAAAAGAUAAUAAAGCGAUUAUUGCAUCCAAUAUAAUGUAUAUAGUAGGCCAAUACCCAAGGUUUUUAAGAGCCCACUGGAAAUUUCUGAAGACUGUUGUCAACAAACUGUUUGAGUUUAUGCAUGAAACCCAUGAUGGUGUCCAAGAUAUGGCUUGUGAUACUUUUAUAAAAAUAGCUCAGAAAUGCCGCAGGCAUUUUGUUCAAGUCCAGGUGGGAGAGGUCAUGCCAUUCAUUGAUGAAAUCCUGAACAAUAUUAAUACGAUAAUUUGUGAUCUUCAGCCACAACAGGUGCACACUUUCUAUGAAGCAGUUGGAUACAUGAUUGGUGCACAGACUGAUCAGACAGUACAAGAACAUUUGAUAGAGAAAUAUAUGUUAUUGCCUAAUCAAGUAUGGGACAGCAUAAUUCAACAGGCCACAAAAAACGUUGAUAUUCUAAAGGACUCUGAAACAGUUAAGCAACUGGGAAGCAUCCUAAAAACGAAUGUGAGAGCAUGUAAAGCUGUUGGGCAUCCCUUUGUAAUUCAGCUGGGAAGAAUCUACCUGGAUAUGCUGAAUGUCUACAAGUGCCUAAGUGAAAAUAUUUCUGCAGCCAUUCAAGCAAACGGUGAAAUGGUUACAAAGCAACCUCUGAUUCGAAGUAUGAGAACAGUGAAAAGGGAAACGUUAAAACUAAUUUCUGGCUGGGUGAGCAGAUCCAAUGACCCUCAAAUGGUAGCUGAAAACUUUGUUCCCCCUUUACUGGAUGCAGUUCUUAUUGAUUACCAGAGGAAUGUUCCAGCUGCCAGGGAGCCUGAAGUACUCAGUACAAUGGCCAUAAUAGUAAACAAGUUGGGGGGACACAUUACUGCUGAAAUACCUCAGAUAUUUGAUGCUGUCUUUGAAUGCACAUUAAAUAUGAUCAACAAGGACUUUGAAGAGUACCCUGAACACAGAACAAACUUUUUCUUGCUACUUCAAGCUGUAAACUCUCAUUGCUUCCCAGCAUUCCUGGCCAUUCCACCUGCACAGUUCAAACUAGUACUGGAUUCUAUCAUUUGGGCUUUCAAGCACACAAUGAGAAACGUUGCGGAUACAGGCCUUCAGAUCCUUUAUACACUUUUACAAAAUGUUGCACAAGAAGAAGCUGCUGCCCAGAGUUUUUAUCAGACUUACUUCUGUGACAUUCUUCAGCACAUUUUCUCUGUUGUAACGGACACGUCUCACACUGCAGGUUUGACGAUGCAUGCAUCAAUUCUUGCAUACAUGUUCAACUUAGUAGAAGAAGGAAAAAUAAGUACUCCUCUAAAUCCUGGAAAUCCAGUGAACAACCAAAUGUUUAUUCAGGAGUAUGUUGCUAAUCUCCUUAAGUCUGCAUUUCCUCAUCUGCAAGAUGCACAGGUUAAACUGUUUGUAACAGGACUCUUCAGUUUAAAUCAGGAUAUUCCUGCUUUCAAGGAACACCUUAGGGACUUCCUAGUGCAGAUAAAGGAAUUUGCAGGUGAAGACACAUCUGACUUAUUCUUGGAGGAAAGAGAGACGGCUCUUCGACAGGCCCAGGAGGAGAAACACAAACUACAGAUGUCUGUCCCUGGCAUCCUUAAUCCACAUGAAAUUCCUGAGGAAAUGUGUGAUUAAAAAAUAACCAGUUGCGCUGUUUUCUUCCUCUGCAGCUGCUUAGUUGUAGAAGAAAACAGGACUUGGAUAUUUCUUGACCAAAAUGAUGCCAAUUUGUAAAUUUAAGAUGUCACCUAGUGGCCCUUUUUUUCUUAUGUGUUUUUGUAUAAGAAAUUUUCUGUGAAAUAUCCUUCCAUUGUUUAAGCUUUUUGUUUUGGUCAUCUUUAUUUAGAUUUGCAUGAGGUUGAAAAUUAAGGCAUUUUAAAAAAAGAAAACACUUCAUGCCCAUUUUGUGGCUAAGGAUAAAAAAGAGGCAAAACAUAUAACUUGUAAAGUCUAUUGCAGAAUUAUACAUUUUUCCAGUUAGAACAGAGAUUUUUUUAAAAAUUAGGGAUCACUUUCUGUCUAGCCUGCUCUGCAGUCUAGGAGAUAAGGAUAAUAUGUAAAUCCAUCAGAUAAUUGUUAGGGGGAGGAGGAGGAGCGCUGCGUCAUCACAUAUGAGCAGCUUUGGGGCUAAUGGCUAGGCUAGGCAACCAGUAUUUGCAAGUCAUAUGACAAGUUUGCAGCAAGAUCAUGUGCAUAUCAUCCCAUUGUAAAGCAACUUGGAAAAAAGUAUGGGAACACAGUACAGUUAGUUAUUUUUACACAGUUCUUUUGUUUUUGUGUGUGUGCUGUCGCUUUGUCGACAACAGCUUUUUGUUUUCCUCAAUGAGGAGUGUUGCUCAUUUGUGAGCCUUCAUUAACUCGAAGUGAAAUGGUUAAAAUAUUUAUCCUGUUAGCAUAGGCUGCAUCUUUUUAACAAGCUCAUUAAAGAAGAACUCUGGCUUUUGAGAUGACUUCUACUAAUUUACAUUGUUUACCAUGCUGUAGUGCUUUAAGAACACUACUUAAAAAGCAAAAUAAACUUGGUUUACAUUUA